CUGGCUUAUUUCCAUACUCAUUCCACUUCAGACACGAUGAUAAUUGCUGCUAAAGUGAAGGUUUUGGCUGUUGUUUGUAUAAUUUGUGUUGUGGGGGCUGAAGUAACUCCUGAAGACCAUGUAGUUCUGGUCGCACCAGUCUUAGCCCCUCCGAAGUCCUCCAGAGCGAGGGUCACCGAAACUGCCAAGGAUUUUCCAGUGCUGAUGGUGUUGGCCACGAAUAAUAGUGAAGCGAAGGUACCAGAAGUGGAAGAAGAACAUAAUAAUAUGCCUAUUUAUGUACUGAAGCUAGAAGACCAAAAAUUUACCUAUAGAAGACGCAGAAGAUUUUCCAAGCUAAGAGUUCUUCGAAAUAAUUAGUUUAAAUUUACUAAAUAAAUUAAUAUGCUCAAACGUUUUUUUAAGUCAUAAAUAUAAAUAAAUGCCUUGUAACAAAUUCUUCACUAAACUGGUAACUUAUUACUGACGUAGAGAAAAACCACGACGUUAACUGACAUAGAUAGGUACAGUCCACUAGCAAAAUAUCUACUAAUAUAAUAUCUAACUACAAUGUUGAUGAUGUUAUUUGUUGUUGAGUAAAUCAAGAAAUAAUAAAAAUCUAUGUUUGCAGAUAAAGGGUUAGCAUUUUUUUAAUUACUUUUGACUCAGGUAUCAACUACGUCAAUUGUACCCUGUACCUACGUCAAUAAAUUCUACAAUAAACAACUACUUUGUGACAAGUACUGUACCCACAUGACCAAAUUGGCUUAUGUAACACAGGUAUCACAUAAAGGCAGCAAUUUUGAAAUUAUGAAAGACAAUUUCCUUCAGAUAAAAUCAACUUGACACUAAAGACAAUAUAUAAACUGUGUCGCAUCCUGAAUUUACACAGAUUCACAUUCAGCCUCAAGACAUUACAUAUUAUAACAAUGCCACUGAAAAUCAGAUUUUUCCUUGCUUUAACAUUGGUGUACUAUGUAGAGUGCUUUUAUAUUGCUGGUGAUGGAAAACUUCCACCUAUAAAUAUU